UCACGUGCAUAUUAGGUGUGGCUAUAUGCGCUCUGCGGAAAGUUGUUUCGAAAACCGUUUUUUACCCAGUUGAAAAGUUUGAGCAGUGGAGAGGCGAGGCAAGUGAAUGGGAGGGUGCCACAUCCCAACUAAAAUGACUUUUUUGUGGUUACGAUGACAAAAGUUUGAUAGGAUAAGAUAUGAAGUUGCUCGUUCAACGACCGUCAUCACAAUUAGUGUAUGCGAGCAAACGACGACCGGAGAUAAGUUUGGGGAGAACACAUGCAACUCAUGCCUGCGAAAGCCAACGAAGCACGGGUAGUUAGCUAGCUAACUAGCUGGAAAGCACAGCGACAAGGCGAUGAAUUACUUUGCGUAGUAGGGAACCGUUAUUCCACCAUGGACUGUUCACCCUUCUCGAAAUAUUCAUGGCUGGAUUUUCUGUUCAGUGUCAUUGGUGUUUUCACCUAUGUGUUCGACGUGGGGUCCGAUAUGUGGGUCGCCAAAGAGUUUUACUGUCACGGAGAUUUCCUUUGGUUUGGCGUUUUAGUUGGACUCAUGGUUCUGUCGUCUGUGGUCAUACAGAUGUUCAGCUGGUUUUGGUUCGAAUACGACAGAGAGUUAGAAAACUUCGAUGCGAAAACAGCUUCUGGGAACAUGUUGUUUUGUGACCAGAAGCGUGUAAAAGUUUCGUGUUGCCUGCAUGUUUUGCAACUUGGAUUCUUCUUCAGGCACCUUACAGCCAUUUGGCAGGGCUUCCGUGUGUGGUGGAGAGGCCAGCAGGGGUCUGAGUAUGCCGUGUACUUGAUCCACGACCUCAGCAUGCUGCGGCUCAUUGAGACGUUCUGUGAGAGCGCUCCACAGCUGACCCUCAUGACCUAUAUUAUUCUCUACACCAACCAGGCCAGGACCAUCCAGUGUGUGAGUGUGGUUGCCUCUACUACAUCUAUUGCCUGGAUGGUGGUGGACUACCACCGCUCGCUGCGUUCCUUCCUCCCCGACAAGGCCAAACAGGGCUGGGGGUCCUCCGUGGUUUACUUUCUGUGGAAUCUGUUGUUGAUUGCCCCUCGUGUGGCCUGCGUGGCCCUCUUUGCCUCCGUCCUGUCCCACCUUAUCGCCCUCCACUUCCUGCUGGUCUGGCCCGCUCUGGUCCUCUGGGCCUGGCGCCAGGGGACCGACUUCAUGGACAGCCCGGCCGGAGAGUGGCUCUACCGGGCCACCGUAGGCCUCAUCUGGUAUUUCAGCUGGUUCAACGUGGCAGAUGGGGGCACCAGGGGCCGGAGCAUCGUCUACCACUCCUUUAUGAUAACGGAUGGCGCCGUCCUGCUGGCCACGUGGUGGUACUACAGGGACUCAGAACUGACCCAGUCCUAUGCCAUCAUCAUGGUCCUGGUCAUCCCCUUCUGCUACACGCUUGGGCUGCUGGUGAAGGCUCUAUACUACUGCUACUUCCACCCUAAACUGUGGAGACCCCGGGGAAAGAGGGAUGAGAAGCUAGAGACUGACGGAUCUGUGUCCUGUUUAGACAUGUCCACACAGACAGAUACACCUGCUGAGGGGCAGAACAGGAGAAUGGCCAGACAUGCCAGAAUUUUUUACACUGCCAACACAUUGGAGACGGUUCAGAGCAACAGACGUGAAGGGAAUAGCAUAGUUUAGAUAGAUGUAUUUUUUGAAUGGGUUUGGUCACAUGCCACUGAUGCUGUAGUGCAUGCUGUGUCUUUCAAUGUUUCCUUACCACUUUGAAGUGCACAAUCAAAUAUAAUAUUGUUCAGAGUUGUGAUGAUUCACACUCAUGUUUGCACUUGGUAUCAGUGAAAAGAAUCUAAUCUAUUCUGCAUUUGUAAAUCUAAAGUAUUUUGUUUUGUUUGUCUUCUAAGCUAUUCUGUACCAUGUUUUACAGAAAACUGUGUUUUUUUAUAUUUAAUAUUGUGAUGAAUUAUUUAAAUAGUGGGCUGUGUAUUUUGUGCUCAUCAAAAAUGUGAAUGUUGCUAACUACAUUUUUAAAGAUAGUCUAAAUAUUUUUGGGGAAAAAAAACAUACCUCACACAUAGUCCUCUGUAUUUGUAGUAGUUGUUUUUAUAGAUGACACAGUACAGUUCACUCACUGUAGAAGUAUGAAGUAAAUGUCUGAUGUUCAAAUGUGCAAGAUGAAACUGUUACAAAUAUCUGCACCUUAUGUGUUAAAGUCCAGGCCAUAACAUCAAGUACUGUUAUUUUUGAACAUCUCUAUUGAAAUGUUCAUAGUUUUAAGAAAUCAAUCACCGACCAUGCGAUUGUUAACAUGUGAGUCUGAGCUAAGUGUUGCUUCACAUUCAAUUAUGCCCCAUUUGAAUGUGCUGUGGGGCUCUCCAGCGGUCUGGUAAUUACUGAUAUUCAAGUUGUGAAUGCCUUGGUGGAGAUUGGAACAAUAAACUCUAAAGCCAUAACCUGGUGAGCAGGGA